AUGGGGAGAGAAGCUGCGCGCAUAUCGCCUCUGGGGUGUGCGCCUAACUUCUCCUACGGGCAGCCGUUUCCCCUGUUUCCUGUCGAUAACGCAGCGCGUUUAGAAGAGCGCGCCAGGGCUCGCGCGCCUGCUGCUUUUCCAUCCUGGCGUUUGUUUGCUUCUCGAGGCUCUCCAUUUGCGGGGUUCGAGUCAUGGUUUUCCUCCGCUUCGGCGCGGAAGGGCAGCUCGCGGAGUCGCGCCGUCUGGCUUGGAGCCCUUUCUCUCCUCUCCCUCGUCAGUCACGCGUGUGCAGCGCCUGCUUCAGCGCCCUCGGUUUCCUCUGCGUUAUCCGGCUACGCCUUGCCUCCGCGUGCCCUGUCGCCGCGCGACGCCCUCCGCGACCAGCAUCGCCGCUUCCCCCCUGCCGGCGACCGUCUUCUGGCGCCGAUGAGGCCGCCGACUGGAGGAGACGAGCGACGGAGAAAGGCGUCUGCGCCGCUUGCCUCGUGUGCGCUCACCUUCGACGGAGGCCAAACAGAGCUCUGCAACAACACGCGAUCGGGCGCCACCCGCGGCUCGUUUCACGACGUCAAAACUCACGGCAGAGAGUGGGGAUGCGGACAGACACUGGGAAGCGACCACCUCCCAACGUCCCCCUUCGCGAGGUCUCCGGCGGCUUUUCUGUUUCCAGGCCCUCAGACCUCUUGCCAUCUUGCAGGCCGCGGCACAGGAGCCUGCGUGACUGCUCCGGAUGAACUCGCCGCUUCGCUCUCCUCGAGAUUCUUUUCUCUUGCUCGGCCUGCACACGACCGCCCCGCCUUCCUGUCCUUCUUCCCCCACGCCUCCGUCUCUUCGAGCUCCUGGCUUCGUGCCUCCACAGCGCCGCCCAUGUCUUCUCGCUCCUCGCCGUUAUCUCCGCUGUUGCCGCUGCGCGUUCGUCGCGACAGUGACCCAGGCGCCUUGCUGGCGUCGCGGGAGAGCGCUGCUGCGUCGUCAGUUUCUCCUUCGCCUCCAGCGGAUUCCGCCGCGGAGCCUACGCGCGCUUCUGCGUCGCCGCAGCCGCUUGGUUCGCGGCCGGCUGCGUCGCUCUUCGGUCUCCACUGCUUCGCGACCACUGCGAUAACUGGCAGCAUCUGGUGGGCGGCGCUUCGUCUGCACCAAGGCGUGACGGCCCUUGCGCUCUCGGCGCCAGUCGCCGCCGUCGCCGCGCGCUUCGCGCCGUCGUCCUCGUGGCGGGAGACUGUCGCCGAGCGCGCGCGGCGGUUCGCCUGGCGCAUCAACACGUUCUGGGGCCGAAUGUUUUCAAACAUGAUCGGCUGCACGCCGGAGAUUGUGGGAAGGGAGAACUUGCCGCCGAGCGACGAAAAAGUCAUCUUCGUGGCUAACCACUGCUCCCUGAUGGAUGUCGCCUACAUCGCGCUCGCAGUCCCCCGCUGUCUGCGCUUCGUGGCGAAGGUCGAACUCCUCGCCGCCCCCGUCGUCGGGCUCGCCAUGCGGCUCUCCGGUUGUCCCACUGUCGACCGUGACUCGCCCGAAAGCCACCUCGCGCUGUUCCGGGAGACGCUGCGCCUCCUGAAGGGCCGCGAGAGAAAAGGUGACGGGCGACGAGCGGCUGGAACCAGUGGCGAGGCGAAGGACGCAGCAGAAGUCGCAGAAGAAGGCGCUGGCCUGGUCGCGUUUCCAGAAGGAAAACGGAGCGCGGAUGGUCGACUAGAUCCCUUCGAUAAAGGAGGCGUUUUUCGGCUCGCCAUCCAAACGAAAACGCGCGUCGUGCCGAUAAGCAUCACUGGCACGCACUCGCUGCUCCCUGCAAAGUCCCUUCUGCCCCCUGCGCGGCCGCCACCUGGCAGCCUGAAGGUCGUCAUUCAUCCGCCGAUCUCGCCAAACGGCAAAACCCACGACGAGCUUCGUACUGAGGCGUGGGAAGCGGUUCGCUCCGCGCUUCCUGAGAGCCAGCAGCCGCUCUCCGCGAACGAAGAGUAG